AUGAGGAGCUCAAUUCCGAAGCCCAACCAGCUCCUGGACACCCUUCUAGUGACUUUGCUCGUGUGUGAGCUAAUUGUUAUUACGCACACGCUAUGGAAAGACAAGCAAAUGCUUUACAUUCUCAUCGUCUUGUGCUUUGUGGUGGCGCUGGCUGUCAAGCUGAUCAAGGCGUCGUUCGCCAUUGGGGGCCGAUGGUUCUCGUGUACAUUUUUGCAGCACCUUGGAGAUCCCUUGAAAAAGGCAGUGGCGAUGAAGAAGUGGUGUGAUCAGUCGUGGCAACUCGUCCUCCAUGUGUCUAUGAGUAUGUUUGAGCUGUACGUGCUUCGCGAUGAGACGUGGUGGCAGGAUACAACAACUUUGUGGGAUCAGGGAACAGACACCGGUGUAUUCCCAUCACAAAAGUUUGCCACCAAGCUUCUUUACAUCACGCAAAUGGCUAUCUAUAUUUACACCGCGUUCUCGUGCAAGUUCAUGGAGGAAAUUCGCAAAGAUUAUUUGGUCAUGAUGACCCACCAUGUUGUCACAAUUGCACUUGUCACUUGGUCCUACGCAAUUGGUUUCUUACCUGUAGGUGUCGUUGUGCUACUGCUUCACGAUUUGACAGACAUUCCACUCGAUAUGCUUAAGAUGGCCAAUUACCUCAAAAUGGAGGGCGUUCCAGGUCUAUUUACAAGCGAGAUCUUGUUUUUAACCACGAUAACGUUGUGGUUCUACUACCGUAUCUACCUCUAUCCAACCAAACUGCUCUACACGACUAUGGUGGAAAAUCGUGAGGCAACCAUGACAAUGGCGGAUGCUCACGACUUUACAAUACUAUUCCCGCAUCCAGGCCCUCCGUCGUGGCUACUCUUCAACUUGCUGCUUACGACGCUCUACUGUUUGCACAUUUGGUGGGGGUCUCUACUUGUGCGAAUAUUUGUAGGCAUAUUCACAAAAGGCGCUCACGAUACAGCUAAGGAAGAGUACGAAGGCGCAUCAUCCGAUUCGGACAACGACGAGUAG